AGCAAAGUCGAUAGUGUCGAUAUUUUCCCACUCGUGGUUUAGUGCUCUACAGAAGCCGCAUAAAAAGGAUUACGCAAACGGAGUGUUUUUGACGUUGUUUUGGCAGUGAAGAGGGUGUUAAGAAAAGACUAUUUAUUACCAAAGCGUUUCCCUUUGUUUUAUAAAAUAUGAUCUAGUAGAAGACAGGACUAAACAGAGAAUUGUAAAUUGUUUACACUGUUUGUUUUUGUUGUCAUUGUCAAAAAUUUGAGUUGGUAGUAUACUACUGAUGAACUAUUAAUUGCAAACUCCCACAAGAUUUUAGUAACUUUAAUUGAACAUGCCCCUCGAACAACUCAGUCAUUUUGAUGAGAAAAGUGGUGCCGUAGUGUGCGCUACACCUUGGGGCCGGUGGUGGCAGACAGUGGCGGAAAUUCACAUUGAAGUAAAUCUACCUCCAAAUACUAGGGCUCGUGACGUCGCUGUCAAAGUAACAAAUAACUAUAUCGAAUGCAGCGCGUACGAAAAGUCUAUUUUCAAGGGGACACUAUUUCGAACUGUUCACGGCGAUGAGACGGCGUGGACAAUCGAAGACAGGAAGACGCUAACGAUAAUUUUGUCAAAGGCAGACUAUUCUGUGAACGACGAAGCAUGGACAGCCUUGAUGGAGGAUGGCAGUUAUCGACCAGACAUGCUAACCGCACAUGAGAUGAGGCAGAAACUCGACUUGGAAAGGUUUCAGAUUGAAAACCCUCAGUUUGAUUUCUCCAGAGCAAAGCUUCAGAAGGCAUAUGAUAAGCUUCCAGGAUGGUCCAUUGAGGCUGUCAAAAAGCAGCAGCAAGGGCAAGAAGGAGAAAGUAAGCCUGAGGCAGCAGAGGGAAGUGGUAUUAAAGACUGAAGGAAGUGUUCUUAAUGUUUUUUGUGGGUUGAGAAGGAAACAGUACUGUUAACUCAGUUCAUUUGGUUCUCUGAGGAAUGACACUCGACACUCUAGGAGAUGUCUAAUGUAUAUUUUUGCUAAACUCAGUGUUUAUGUAUAUGACAUUUGUCUUCAUGAAGUUAGUUUCUGAUUACAUUGUUUUGUGAGCCAGCGUUCUUUUUUUAGAAUGUUUGUUUAGUAUACAGUGUGCAAAGAAGUAGCUUUAAUACUUUUGAUUAGGUACAAAAUACUUUAACGUCUAAUGUUAGGAUGUUAGCUAUUUCAAAGCUGACGCAAGGAACUGAAUCUAGCUAUGUGCUACAUAAAUGUAUUUUAUGAUAGUUAGGAAAUGUAAAUGUAUGUGCUCUUAUUCUUAGUUAAGACACUAUUUCAUGAUUGCUGAUUUGUCUUUGUUGUACUAUAUUUGUAAUGUCCCAUAAAUAUUAUUUUAAUUAUUUUUGCAAUGUUAAUUUUUUCUUGAAAAGUUGAGAAAUUAUUGUAGUCAUAUGUUUGUCAGAAAGUUUAAAGUCAUUAAUGACUAAAGGUAAAAGCUUUGAUAGGAACUUCUGUUAUAAGACUUCUCUGUGAUAAGUUAAAAUGUCAUCCAGAAUAUGUAGGCAGUAAGUUCAUUGUUGUCUUCACUGUUUUCUGUGCUUUGUAUUUCUGGUAGAAUUUUGUUUUGCCAAAUAUUCAGUGUACUUCUACUUACAAGUAAAUAUGAACUUUAAAUUGUGAAUAAAAUAAAAUAAAAACCUAUAA